AUGAAUGACCCUUUAGGUAUUGGUCCCCUACAGAUCUCAGGCUGCCGAGAAAUAGUAGUGAGUACUAAGGAUCUCUUCAAGGGGGAGUGUUAUGUUCAUACCCUCACUAUCAACGCUACCGUGGAGGAGGAAGGUACAGGUGUCAGAAUAAACAGUGAGGUUAAAACUGAAGUGGAUGAUCGACUCUUCACUUUCAAGAUCCUUUCUAGGGAUAAUUACAUGAAGCCAAAUCUUCCAUUCACCUUCAAGGCUCGAGCUGAGAGGCCGGAUGGAUCAGGUGCAGUAGGGGAGCCCGUGGAGGUGUGUUGUGGUAAGUUGUGUUAUAAUCGCACCGUCACACACGAUGGAACCUUCACCGCCUCUCUCCCACACUGUGAUCAGGCGUCCAUAGCGGCUCGAGCUGAGAGGCCGGAUGGAUCAGGUGCAGUAGGGGAGCCCGUGGAGGUGUGUUGUGGUAAGUUGUGUUAUAAUCGCACCGUCACACACGAUGGAACCUUCACCGCCUCUCUCCCACACUGUGAUCAGGCGUCCAUAGCGCUCAAAGGACUAACCUGCUGGACUAACAUGAAUGCCCCCAGGGACGAUAUACACUUCAGGAGGUAUUUUUCACCCACCAAUUCCUCCCUGACUAUUCGAGCACCUGACGGUAAACUGAUGUGUUCUCCUGAAGCCAUCCAAGAACACGUGUUGUAUGUUGCUUACUCUCGUGUCAACACUACUAGAUCUGAUAUCACCAUUCAGGUUGUGUCGCGGGGCAAAAUCCAGUACUUUAAAUCACAACAGGUGGCUAAUGAGAGGCCACUGACCGACCCUCACCUGCUGGCACCUCUCCCGCCCCUCCCUCCUCACUACCAGAGAGGAGAGUUCAAACUAUCUAUAUUUCUGCCACCUACCGCCUCCCCCAUCGUUAAGGUGUUGGUAUGGUGUAUCCGGGAGGACGGUGAGGUAGUAUCAGACACGCGGGAGCUGGAGGUGGAGAAGUGUCUCGUCAACCGCGUCAACCUGACCUUGACGGCGGAUGUGGCCAGGCCAGGAGCGGUGGCCAUGGUGGACCUCGUCUCACCCCCCUACUCUCUGUGUAGCCUCGGUGUGGUAGACAGGAGUGUGGAGUUGUUGGCCCCUCAGAGGAACACCCUGACUGUGGACAAAGUGUUUGAGGUGGUUAGGCCAUACACCAUCACAGAUACACUUAACCACGAGGAACUUGACGACCUCUAUUGUAAGAUCAAACUCGAUGAUGGAGAGGCGAAGGCAUUGGAUUAUCAAACCAAAGACGUCGAUGCCCUACGGAUGUUUGACGGACCACAACAAACUGUUCAAUUCGCCAAGGCACCACCACCACCUCCUACCUCUUCGCUUAACCGACAGGAGUCCCAGUUUAUUAAAGUCGGUGUGCCUGACGAAGUAGAAGAAGAAACUCCAACAGAUGCCCCAAGGACCGAGUUCCCUGAAACAUGGCUCUGGGAUCUGCUACCUGUUCCAGCGUCCGGGUUCCUGAGGCAGAAAGUGACAUUGCCAGACACCAUCACACAGUGGGUGGGGAAGGCGGUGUGUGUCCAUCCCAAGAAGGGCGUGGGGCUGUCUCAGAGGGCAUCCAUUACCACCUUCAUCCCCUUCUUCAUCGACCUGACACUCCCGCCCUCCGUCAAGCGUGGCGAGGUCCUCCACGUCAAAGUUUCCGUCUUCAACUACGUCAACCACUCAUUACCGGUGACGGUAAUACUACAGAAGAGUAAACAACUGGAGGUGAUCAAGACACAGGAACAACUACCGCCGGGUCAACACAGGUCAUGUGUAGCAGCGCAGGAGAAGGUGGUCCAUACUGUAGAGGUCAAGCCGCUGGCCAUCGGUGACGUCAACAUCAGUGUUUUGGCGUAUGUGGACAACACCAUUAAGACUGUAGACUGCGACGUUGGCGAGUCAUUCAGGGAUUAUUUGAUUAAGUCAAUCAAUGUAGAGGCUGAGGGCUUCCCUAGGGAGGACACCUGGACCACCUAUGUCUGUCCUCAAGGUGAGAAUAACCUGUACCUGUGGGAGGUGACAGUACCGGAGGGCGUGGUGAAGGGGUCAGCCAGAGGUUGGGUCACAGUCAUUGGUGACCUUCUCGCCCUAACACUCGAGAACUUAGGGUCAUUAAUCCGCCUGCCAACUGGUGGUGGGGAACAGAACAUGAUCAACUUCGCUCCCAAUAUCUACAUCCAACAGUACCUGACGGCAACCAAACAAACCACACCCCAGACGACCAAGAACCUUAUCACAUACAUGGAGAGAGGUUAUCAGCGAGAACUUCAAUACCGACAUCCUGACGGUUCCUUCAGCGCCUUUGGUAAAACUGACAGGACCGGCUCCACCUGGCUUACUGCCUUUGUCGUCAAAUCGUUCGCUCAGGCUCAACCCUUUAUUCUGAUCGACAAAGACGACCUCGCUAAGUCCACAAGUUGGUUACUCUCAAAACAAGGAAAAGACGGCUGUUUUAUAUCCACUGGGAAGGUCUUACAUAAGGGGAUGAAAGGCGGCGUUGAUGGACGUGAGUCACCGGUGCCCUUGACGGCGUACGUGAUGGUGGCGCUGCUGGAGGCUGGAGAGGACCUUACUAGUGUUGGGGUGAAGGAGGCGAUCCGCUGCAUCACCUCCCACCAGGUCUACGAUCCAUACGUCAUGAGCCUAAAAGCCUACGCCCUUGCCCUCGCCAACAUGCCUGAAGCUGAGGCAGUUAUACAGGACGUGGUGACCAUGGUGAACGAGCAUAAGAUCCCAGACAAAUUCUUUAUCAAUGGGAAAGGUACUGCACUGGCUGUUGAAGGUUCUGGCUACUUGAUGCUGGCAAUAAUGGCUCAUGAUCCCCGUAAGUUCCACACACAAGCCAUGAAUUUAGCUAAGUGGAUCACCAAACACAGGAACGGACAAGGUGGUUUCAUCUCUACACAGGACACCGUGGUGGCGCUACAGGCACUGGCCAGAUUCUCAGCCUACACCUACAGGGAGUCUAUGGAACUGACCGUCAUCCUGAAAGCUAAUGGACUACAUCAUAAAUUCGUCGUCAACAACAACAACAAACUACUACAGCAAUUGGUGAUGUUACCUAAUAUACCCACCUUCGUUAAUCAUACUGUGACAGGUGAAGGGUGUGCUGUUGUCCAGGCUGUUCUCCGCUACAACAACAUCAAGCCAGACCCCAGUGACGCCUUCUCAGUCCACGUCAUCACCCACACACCGUCAGACAAGAACUGUAUCACCAAACACAUCAGGGUCUGUGCCUCUUACCUCCUCAGUGACGGAACCUCCAACUUGGCCAUCAUAGAGGUAAACAUAGUGACCGGGUACCUCCCUAUGAAGGACGACCUCCAACAAGUCAUACAUGAGAACCCCAACGUGAUUAUGAGGGCUGAUGUGGACGGGAGUAAAGUGUUAUUCUAUGUGAAGGAGUUUGCGUCGUCCAAGGAGGUGUGUGUAGAGUUCCGAGUGGUGCGUGAAGUGGACGUAGAGUUAGUCAAGCCAGGUACUGUGCUGGUUUACGACUAUUACCAACCCGGGUUCCACAUCAGUAAGACCUACACCCUCCCCCCAGCCACCGAUUGUGUCUAUUACUCUACUCAAAGAGGAUAGAAGAUACCAAGACUUAUGAAAUACACCUCGGAUGAUGAUGGAUAAAAUUGAUAAUAUUAAGCUACUGCAGAUGAUGGGGGAUGAUUCGGGUGGUAUAAAACGUCACGGAUGAUGAAAGAUGAAAUAGAUAAGAGACUACAGAUGAUACUACAGAUACUACGGAUGAUACUACAGAUACUACGGAUGAUACUACAGAUGAUGAAGAAUGACAAAGAUGAUAAGUCAAAGAUGAUGGAGGAUCAAACAAUUGGAGGAACAGAACAAUAGAACACAAGAAGAAGAAGAACAUAAGAAAAUAAGGAGUCUGCAAUAUGUCCGUGUGUGUGUGUGUCUCUAUUGAUUGCUAUGGAAAAAUUUUUAAA